CCAAACAAGAUGGCAGACGGGCUGUGUGUUCAGGGGACGGCGAGACGAGAGAAUGAUAUCAAAGCGAAAGACACAGUAGAUAUUCUCAAAAUAGCUCAUAAAGACUGUAUGAAGGCUAAAAACGUAACCAGUGUUAAACCGUCAUUCUAUAUUCGCGACGACAAUGGAGAAUUGUGUUCAAAUUAUCGAGUGAAUGGCGUGCUGAGCUUGGGUGUGCACGCUACGAAAAUGCUUUGUGGUGCCAACUCAGAACAUGUGGAAUUUCCAAGCCUAUGUCCAAAUGAGGGGGACAACUGUAGGAAGAAGAGAUGUGCAGAUCGCUACGACAGCUCCGAGAGCUCGGACAGGUGAGUUCUCUUCAAACGUCAUCCUGCGUAGUUUAUCUUGGGUGAGUACUCAGACUGCAGAAAGUGUAAUAGUUCAAGAACGCGGAAGAACAAAA